UCUCUAUUUGCCUCUUUCCCCCUUCAUAUAGAGGAAAUAGAAACAUGUUAUGAAAAGGACUGGAAAUAAUUUUAUACUUUUGCCACUAUUUUUGGAUUGACAUGUACGAAAUAAUGAACGAUCAGUUAGUCAUAAUAAAAGUUGUCUCCUUGCGCGUAUAUGGUGUUACGUCAAGAUAGGAGAAAUGAUGUGCAAAAAGAAAAAAAAAAAAAGACGGAUAUGCAGAAAAUCAUUACAUGUUGUGUAAUUUAGAAAAAAAAAAAAAGAGAGUCUUGUUAACUAAUCAACAGAAAGAGAAACAAAGGGGUUUAUGAAAAGGAGUUAUCACUACCAAGAUCCAAACAUGUCAAAAUUGUAUAUAAAGGCUCACCAAAAGGUCUACUUCUUUUUUUUUUUAAUUAUCCAAGUCUUUUCUCUACUCAAGCCUUUUUAACUUAUUAUCAACAAUGAAGCUCACCUCCGUUCUUUUCCUCGCUGCCUUUGUCUUUGUCUCUGUCUCUGCCCGUCCUUGCGACAAGCCUCACCACAAGCAUCACAAGAACAAUAGCAACACUGAAGUUAAGGUAAACAAGGAAACCAGCAACAAGGAAACCUAUAACACCAACGUUCAUAAUGUUGACAACAGUCAAAACAAUGCCAAGACCAUUACUCAAAUCGACGAGGGUGAUAAAAAUCAAUCCAAUGGUCUCAACCUUAACCUUUUGGGUAAAACUUCUAACACCAAAAGUACCACCCAAAAUGCUACUAUCAAUUAAAUUUAAAGAGUAUCUUGUAAUUCCUCUUCCAGCGUAUUUUUAUGUACAUCACACAAUUAUAAAAAAAAAUAAACAUUCCAUAUUUUUUUGUGCCAAAAAAAAAAAAAAAA